CAUGAAUCAAUCUGCAAAACUCAUCUCAGAAUUGUCCCAGGCCGGUUGAAGGACCCGCAAGCUAGUGUCGCAAGCUGACCUGCGCGUUGUUGACCAUGCAUUCUUAGUCAAUUGUCUUAACUGAUAUCUAUAGUCACAGUUUAGGCCAUGGACGGGGAGUCGGCACCAGCUUUCCGCUUCAACUUCGGCAAAGAGGAGGCGGAGCAGGUCCAGGAGGAGCAGGGACCACCGGAGUAUGACGAGCCGGCCGAGGAACUCGUAUAUCGGCCAGAACCCGGCGUGCCCUUCUUCACAGAGCCAGUGGAAGUAGCAGAGGGCCUUACUCUCGUAAAGGGCACCAUCUCCUCGGAUGAGGCGGCCACCAUCCUCAAGGAUUCACGUGUGGCGGCCAGCGACCUGGUGCCGGGGAAGUACGAGGGCGGCUUCAAGCUGUGGGAGUGUGCGGCCGACCUGUGCAAGGCGGUGCUGGCGCGGUACGGCCUGACGGCGGCGGAGCUGGCGGGGGCGGCGGAGCUGCACUCGCAGUUGCAGGGCAAGAAGGUGUUGGAGCUGGGCUGCGGGCACGGGCUGCCCGGCAUCGUGGCGCUCAUGGCGGGGGCGGAGGUACACUUCCAGGACUACAACGGCUGUGUGCUGCGGCGGCUGACGGCGCCCAACGUCAUCGCCAACAUGGAGCGACUGCCGCGACCGCGCGCGCGGCCCGCAGCCAAGUACUUUGCGGGCGACUGGAGGCUGGUUGGCGAGCACCUGACGGGCCGCGGCUACGGCGGCCACUACGACCUCAUCCUGUCCAGCGAGACCAUCUACAGCGUGCCCGCGCAGGAGCGCCUGCUCGAGUGCAUCAAGCGGCUGCUGCAGCCGCCGCACGGCGUGGCGCUGGUGGCGGCCAAGCGCUACUACUUCGGCGUGGGCGGCGGCAGCAAGAGCUUCAAGGAGUUGGUGGAGCGGGACGGAAUAUUCGAGACGUCUGUGGUGGCGGAGCAGGUGGAGGAGAAGGGCUCGGGCAACGUGCGCGAGGUGCUGCUGCUCAAGUUCCCCGCAGCCAUCCACCCCUACUUCCUCUAGCGACUCCUCGAGCGACGCCUCUCGCCACCCCUAGCGACUCCAGUGAUCCAGGAGCAGGGGGACGGUGGAGCGGCUUGCUUGCGUCGGCCGGGUCCGGGGCAGCGGCAGCCGUAGCAGGAGCCAGGGCUGCGACCGACCAGCGCGGGUGCUGCUGAAGCUGAAGUAGCAACAGCGGCAGCAACAACAGCAGCAGCAGCAACAGCGGCAGCAACAGCAGCAGAGGCCGCAGCCGCGGCACGGGUCCAGAUCACGGAGCAGGAGCAGAAGUGCGGGCGCGCGAUGGCGUGGCCUUUGAGCAUCAUCCAUACCAGGCAUGGGAUGCGGGUGCGGUUCGCGUUGCAGCACCGGGCCACAGGCCGCAUGGCGAGCCCGGUGGCGAUUAGCCUGCGGGGGCUGAGGAGCUGAGGAGCCGUGCUGCUGCCGGUCCUAAGGCCUGGCAAUGACAUUGCAGGCAGCAGCAGCAGCAGCAGUAGCAGCAGCAGCGGUAGCGGUGCGGUGCACAGCUAUGUGGUGCGUGCAUGGCCGGGUGGGUUUCUGAUUCGCCCAUGUGCGCGAGCUGGACUUGCCAAUGUCGUACCAUGCCUCCACGGCUCCACGCAGUCUGGUGUGGUACGGCACCAGGUCACUAGGGAUUAGUCAUGCGAGUGAUGCGACAGUGCCAACAACACACCACUACGGUACGGCACAGUGAGGCGCAGGAUCUCUGCUGCAUUGACGGACAAACAUUUCUGCAUGUACCGGCAUGCCAGCAGCGGCGCGGGCGGGGCACCCGCAGCCGAGAGGACGCAAUGCUGCUCCUCCGCGAGGAGCGGGGGGCGCGGUGCCAUGCAGCCGCACUGUGUGCUGCACACAUACUCAAUGUUCAGAUCUAGCUAGUCGGGUUGUGGCAGCUGCAGGUCCCAAGGGGCGCGGGGCGCGGGAGGGCCAGACGGUUACGGAGUUACGGACAGACGUGCGUUGUACUUUCACGGUGUGGUGGACGGGUGCACGUGCGUGUACUGUGUUCUUGCGCCGGUGACUCUUUGUUUGCGCACGGGUGUCCUGUACUCAUGUUGGAUGCGGUUGUGCGGAUGUGGGUGGGUCUGGCACGAAUGAGACUGUGAACGCGGGAGGUGGGGGCUGCGGGAUGGUGGUGGUGGAUGGGGGGUUCCUGACGUGGAUGCACUCCCACACGACCUGCAUGGACGGCGGCAGGCAGUGCACUUAUGGGUGGGUUGACACGCGGCGCUCGGGCCCCGGACCUGCGGCGGCUCUGUAUCAGUAGUAGUAGGAGACAUGCACAGGCACGGCAUGGCACGCCUGGGUUGCCUUUUGAAGGCGGGUGGCUGGCCGGAGGAUGGGAAGGGUCGGAAUGGCCAGCACGCUGGUCCCGUAACAGCGCGCCGAAGCGGCGUGGCGCCAAGAUAGAACCGGAAUGAAUGACAGGUCGGCUUGGGAGGCUGGCUGAUUUCGGACAGGGGUCCGGUGGUCUGCUUGCGCGGUGAUUACAAUUGGAGCGGGCGAAGACGAUGAAGAGUCUGGGGCCCGAGGAGGGGGGCAUUAGGUAAAUGCGCGGGCACGUACGCGGGGAAAGGUGCGGGGGUGGUUUCGAGGCGUGAGCUCACGUAACGCGCUGGGAUGGCUCUGAUGUGACUCUAAUGCGCUUUUACGCUUUGUACUGU